CUGCUUGCUUUUCUUUCUUUCUUUUUUUUUCUCUCGCUUCCAAGUUACGCCCGCCGUUAAACCCUAGCUCCUUCCCCGGCGGCGGCGGCGGCGGGAGGGGGCAGGAAGCCCGGAGAUGCCACCGGCGUCGUCGGUUGCGUCGGCGGUGGAGAAGCUGCAGGCGGCGGCGCAGGACGCGGCGAACUCCUCGUCGCGCUCGGCGGCCGCCUUCUCCGAGCAGGCGCACCAGGUCCUCGUGCCCAGGGCCGCAGGUCGUGUUGUCUCUCUAUCAACUUGUACGAAGAUCAGCGCCGUCAGCUUUGCAGUCGGUGUUGUGGUGGGCUUCACAUUGAAGAGAAGACUACGCCGGUGGGCUGCUAGGCUGCUGAAAAGAAUUAAGGACGAUGACUAGUGAAAUCUUUUCAUGCCAUGUUGUUCUCAAGUUCUGUUGAGUGUUGAGAACUAUGUUUGGUUGUGCAUCGCCCGCAAAUUGGAAUCCUUUUUACAGUUAGAUAAAAUCGCAAGCAAGACAAACUUAUGGUUUCUAAGCUGUAUUACACAUAUUUUGUAGGUCCGUAAGCCUUAGAAUUGCUACUCAGAAUGUUUGUUUUCUGAUGGGUGAUUUACAAAUUCUAUUUAUCCCCCUUUUGAUAGAGUAUUCAGAUUUGUGACA